GUAUAUUGUGGUCGCAGUUUUAUCGCGGCCGCUUUCGCUAAUCAGAAAACUGUUCUAAUGUGCAAUAAAGCAUUAUCAAAAGAUUCUUCGAAAUUCGAUUAACAGAAUCUGCGUAUUAAAUUCGUUUUAGAAAAUUUCGGGUUCUUCUACUGCCGUUCGGCACGUACAGUCUGCUUCUGAUUUACUAGCUAUGUAAACGAUGCUGUCGAUAUCAAGAUCAUAACACUGCUCGUCUUCAAAGCGCAUUUUAACCCGCAUUUGUUGGAUCCGUGACUUAAGCAGCUGAUUUAAAGAAAUGGCGAACGUCGCAACUGUAACCAUCAACGGAACGCAGUACCAAGUUCCUGACAGUCUUAGCGAUAUUACCCUGAAUGAUUAUCUCCGGAAGAACCUGCUGAUUACCGGAACGAAGGUAUUCUGCCGGGAAGGUGGAUGCGGCGCAUGUGUGGUGUAUGCCGAGUACGAGAAUCCUAGUGGCGAAAAUGGACUUGUUCAGCGCACCAUCAAUUCGUGUCUUUGUCCGAUCUUGUCCUGUGAUGGUUGGAGCAUCACGACGGUGGAAGGUAUUGGUAACCAAAAAGCGCCCCAUGUCAUCCAGAAAACCCUGUCGGAUCACUACGGGACACAGUGCGGAUUCUGCACACCGGGAAUGGUCAUGAAUAUGUUUGGCUUGACAAAAAAAUAUCCCGACAAAGCUCUGUCGCCCAAGAUUGUGGAAGAUUCCUUUGACGGGAAUCUUUGCCGAUGUACCGGCUACCGUCCAAUUCUGGAGGCGUUUAAGUCUCUGGCACCAACAAAUACCUGUUCGACAACAGACAUUGAGGAGACGUUGGGAAAGCUUUGUACAAAAACAGGCAAACUAUGCAGUGGACAUUGCGAGAACCACCUCCCGCCGGUCAUCCUUCCGACCAACCCGGCCGACACAGUCAACAGCACACCGUGGCAGCAGCCAAAAAGUCUCGAGGAACUCCAGAAACUGAUGCAGGGAUUCCAGCCGGAGCAGAAGGUGUUCUAUGUCGCUGGCCGUACCAGCAUCGGAGUGUACGAUGACCGUCCGUACGAUGUGUACGUGGAUGUCAAGAAAAUUCCCGAGCUACAUGUCAAGAAUAUUAAUAUGAACGAUCCAUCAACGGUGACCAUUGGCGCAUGUGUCUCCCUGACGGAUGUAGUGGAUUUCUUCAAUUCCACAUCCAGUCAGCCGGGAUUCAAGUAUCUGGGCAUUAUAGCGAAACAUCUUCGGAAAAUUGCCAGCGUUCCCGUUCGUAAUCUUGGCACAUGGGCCGGAAAUUUAAUGAUAAAGAAUAAACACAAUGAAUUUCCAUCGGAUGCGUUUUUAUGCUUUGAGCUCGCCCAAGCAGUAUUGGCCGUCGUGGAUGCAAAUGGAAAAACUACAACACUGACGCCAACGAAAUUCUUCAAAACGGACAUGGACAAUCCACGCCGCGUUAUCCUGAAUGCUGUGUUUCCCAGCUACGAUGACGAUGUUUUAUUCCGUAGCUACAAAAUAAUGCCCCGAUCGCAAAACGCGCACGCCCUGGUUAAUGCCGGGUUCCGGGCGGAAAUCGACGACUCUCAACCAGGAAAGUUUAUCUUCAAAAAUCCGCCGGCACUCAUCUUCGGAAAUAUCACCAAGGAUUUUGUCCAUGCGGAGAAGACAGAAGCGUAUCUGGCUAAGAGAGAUAUUGGGGAUCCAGCUAUUCUUCAAGGUGCGCUCAAGACUUUGAAGGGAGAGAUAAAUCCUACACCGGAUCCGGCAGAUGCAAGCCCAGCAUACCGUGAAAUGCUGAGUUUAAGUCUCUUUUACAAGUUCGCCUUGGAGAUUGUCGGCAAAUCAGCUGACCAGCGCUUCCAGUCGGCCGUAGGCAGCUUAAUCGAUAUGCGACCACUGUCCACUGGUCAGCAGAAAUUUCCCACUAAUCCCAACGAAUACCCGCUGACCCAGCCCAUUCCCAAACUGGAAUCAAUGGUGCAGUGCACCGGAGAAGCCAAAUACAUUGCCGAUGAAGAUUCCGCUACGAUGUGCUACGCGACGUUUGCCCACUCGACACAGGGCAACGCGGAUAUACAGGCAAUCGAUUCGACGGAUGCGCUGAAAAUUCCCGGUGUCGUACGAGUUAUCACGGCCAUGGAUAUACCCGGCGCGAAUAAUUAUAAUCCGGCGCAGGUGUCGGCUGAAGAGCUGUUAGCCACUAAGCAGUCGCUGUUUGCUGGGCAACCUGUUGCUGUUGUUGUGGCAACUAGUCGCGAUGCGGCAGAAGCAGGAGCCAAGGCAGUAAAGGUCACGUACGCUAACGUCAAACCACCGUUGCUCACGUGCCAGGAUGCCAUCGACGCUAAGUCCUUUUUCCCGCCGGUAAACGAUUUGGUUAUUGGUGAUGCUGCCGGUGCCAUUAAAUCCGCACCCCACCAAAUUUCCGGUCAAAUGGAAAUCGGAGCGCAGUUUCAUUUCCAUAUGGAAACACAGGCUGCCGUUUGCCGACCAACGGAAGAUGGUAUUGAUGUUGAGGCAGCCACACAGUGGGUGGAUUCCGUUCAGGAUGGUGUUGCACAAGUGCUCGGCAUGACCAAAAGCAGGGUCAACGUUCAGGUUAAAAGGAUUGGCGGUUCUUAUGGUGCGAAAAUCACAAGGAGUAAUAUUAUCGCCAGCGGAUGUGCGUUGGCUGCGUAUCUUGUUAACAGACCAGUUAAAUUCCAUAUGAAUCUGUGGGACAAUAAUCGCGCCAUUGGAAAGCGAUUUCCGUACUUGACAAAAUAUCAAGCUGGUUUCGACAACAACGGUAAACUGAUGGGGGUAAUUCUGGAUGUGUACGGGAAUAUCGGAGCACAAGCCAACGACUCGGCCGUCAAUGGCGAAUUAACCUGGGGAGACAAUACUUAUAAGUGCGCAAAUUGGAAAAUUUCCAUGCAAAACUGCAAGACAAAUUUACCUCCCAACACGUGGUGUCGUGCUCCCGGAUCAACGGAGGCGAUUUAUUUUAUCGAAUAUGUUAUGGAACACAUUGCCAAAUUCCUAAAAAAACCCUCCAUUAUCAUUAAACAAGCCAACUUUUAUAAAAACGGUGACAAACAAAUCACCGGUCAGAGUAUAUCAUACUGCAGCAUUGCCGACGUGACCACCCAGCUUCUUAAGUCCGCCGAUUACCAGAACCGGCUGCAAGUCGUUAACGACUUUAACAAGAACAACCGUUGGCGGAAGCGCGGUAUAUCGGUGACCCCUAUGAAGUACGGCACCGUGUGGAACGGGAACCAGUACAGCUGUCACGUGGCGAUUUUCCACAACGGCGGUGCUGUCGCGGUGUCGCAUGGCGGUGUAGAAAUCGGGCAGGGACUGAACACCAAAGUGGCUCAGGUGGUGGCGCAUGAACUCAAUAUUCCCUUGGAUCAGGUUUCGAUUAAAGCCAAUAUGUCCUUCACAAGCGCCAAUGCCACCAGCACCGGAGGGAGCAUGACGAGUGAAUUAUGUUGUUUGGCUGCUCUGGAUUGCUGCUCUUCAUUGCUUGCUCGGAUGAAACCGGUAAAAGACUCCAUGAAAGCCGACACGCCGUGGGCUGAUCUGGUGGAAAAGUGUUAUUCGCAAGGGAUUGAUCUUUCUGCCCGCGCUUGGACUGCACCGCAGACCGCGGAUGCUCCCAUUUGCUAUAAUACAUACGGCGUGACGUGCUGCGAAGUAGAAACCGAUAUUCUAACCGGCGAAUAUCAGAUUAACCGAUACGAUGUCCUGUAUGACUGCGGUGAAUCGAUGUCGCCUUUUGUCGAUGUGGGUCAGAUUGAAGGUGCGGUCAUUAUGGGACUGGGAUAUUACACUUCGGAGGAGCUAAAAUACGACCCAAAAACCGGUGAACUGGUGACCUAUAGUACUUGGACUUAUAAGCCCCCGUCUACUAAAGACAUUCCCAUUGAUUUCCGAGUAGAAAUCCUCCAAAAUGCUCCAAAUCCACUUGGCGUUCUACGAAGCAAAUUGGUCGCCGAACCUCCGCUCUGCAUGACAAACGCCGUUGUUUUUGCAUUACGCAACGCGUGCAAUGCCGCUUUGGAUGAGACAAAGAAAGGGAAUGAUUGGUUUCAGUUUAAUGCACCUGUAACACUGGAGCGAUUUCAAGGAUACUGCCAACUGGAUGUGGCGCAGUUUACAUACAAAUAGAUUCAGAAAGCCAAAACGAUGCAGCAUUGUGCAUUAGGUCAUUCCAUGUACAAUACACACUCAUAAUGUCCUUAUAGUUGUUACAUGUUUUUUGAAAAUUCGUUUAAGUAUGAUUACUGUGAUUUGUGAUGAAUCAGUUAGAUUAAUGCUUUCAAUGGUAAUUUUGUGGUGGUGGUGGUUGGGAACGGCGAUCGAACUUCCGUAAGCAACAUUCUUGUAAACCGUAAUGUCCGGCAAGUAUACUGAUGGCUCUUCCAGCUAAAAAAACCGAUGUAGUA